AUGGGAAUCACCUCGAUCAAUAAUAUGUCUUCUCAAAUUAUUUAUGACCCAGUAUUAUCAUGGCCUGUUCCGUCGACAUGGUCACUAGAAGAAGCAACCACUGUUCCUCUUGCUUACGCAAUGAGUUAUUAUGUGCUUAACAUUUUGAGUACACUUCAAAAGAAUAAUUCUGUUUUAGUAACCUCGGGAUUGCAUCCAAUUGGUCAAGCUGCUAUUUCGAUAAGUUUAGACAAAAAAUGUGAGACUUAUGCUAUUGUAGACUCGGACCAACAAGCAGAACAGCUAUCUGGGAUAUUCCCAGAGGUAUUAAGUUAUUAA